CUAGAACCAAGCUAGAAGUCUAGAACUGCAACUAGCACGAAGUCACGAACAACAGGUUUUGUCGAUUGAGUCGGGUAAUUGUUUUGCUCUUUGCUUGACGCGCACUGUCAACUAGACAUUGGUCUUCUUAUUUCCUUGCCUUUUUGAAAAUAUGGCAGCCGAACGAUUGAGUCCCGGAGAUCCCAAUUCCUUCUCGAGGCCUGAUGAAGUAAGAGUUACACACAUGAACCUUGAAUUAGAGAUCAAUUUUGACACCAAGAUUUUAUCUGGUCAUGUUGUGCUAUCUGUGGAAAAAGUCAAUGCUGAGGCAAAUUCUUUGAUUCUUGACAGCAGAGACUUGACUGUAUCAAUGGUACAGGACUUUGAAACCAAACAAUUACUAAAGUUUGAACUUGGCUCAAGCUCCACAACUUUUGGAGAAAAACUCGAAAUACAUUUCUCAGGCAGUCAAACAAUAAAGCAGAAAAUUGCAGUGCACUAUACUACUUCACCAAAAUCAACAGCUUUGCAAUGGUUAAGUCCAGAACAAACUUUGGGGAAAAAACACCCUUUCCUUUUUAGCCAAUGUCAGGCUAUUCAUUGCCGAUCUUUGGUUCCCUGUCAAGAUACUCCUAGCAACAAGGUUACCUAUGAAGCAAAGAUAUCCGCCCCGCAUGAUUUAACUGUAUUGAUGAGUGCUAUUCGUCAGGGAGAUCCAGUCCAAGUUGGCGACAGAAAAACUCAUAGCUUUCAUCAGCCGGUUCUGAUCCCUUCUUAUCUAUUAGCUGUCGUUGCCGGAGAUCUUCAAUCUCGUCAGAUAGGGCCACGCUCCCAUGUUUGGGCCGAACCUGCUAUGCUCGAUAAGGCUGCUUACGAAUUUGCUGAAACUGAAGCCCAACUGAGUGCUGCCGAAGAUGUUUGUGGACCUUAUGUCUGGGGAGUGUAUGAUUUGUUGGUUUUGCCUCCUUCUUUCCCAUUCGGAGGCAUGGAAAAUCCGUGUUUGACUUUUGUCACGCCAACAGUGAUAGCAGGGGACCGUUCGCUUGUCGAUGUGAUUGCACAUGAAAUUGCUCACAGCUGGACUGGAAAUUUAGUCACCAACAGCAACUUUGAACACUUUUGGCUGAAUGAGGGUUUUACUGUUUUUGUUGAGCGGAAAAUCAUCGGACGUCUACAUGGCGAAGCUUUUCGGCAUUUUGCAGCAAUCGGCGGGAAAACAUAUUUAGCUGAUACAAUUGAAUCAAUGGGAGCUUCUAAUCCGUUGACGUCAUUGAUGCCAGAUCUUACUGGCAUUGAUCCGGAUGAUUCCUUUUCAACUGUUCCAUACGAAAAAGGACAGGCUUUUCUAUGGUACCUAGAGGACUUAGUUGGAGGAUCGGGCGAGUUCGACCCGUUUCUUAAAUCAUACAUAGCCAAUUUUCAAUAUCGUUCAAUAAAAACGGACGAUUUUGUUGAAUAUAUCAAGCAUUACUUCCAAAAGACCCCAGCCGCUGAAAAACUGGAACAAGUUGAUUGGAAAACAUGGUUUCAUUCUCCUGGAAUGCCACCGACAUUCGUAAACUAUGAUGACAGUUUAGCCAAAGCCUGCAAAGUGCUUUGUCAGCGAUGGAGUGAUUGGAACGAACAGGGCUGUCUUGAACCAAUGUCAAUGUCUUCUGAUGAUUUAAAAACAUUGUCGCCCGCUCAAAUUCAAGAGUUUUUAGCCCAGUUGUUAAUGGGGCCGCCUUUGUCUUGCCAAGCUAUUGAGAAGAUGCAACAACUGUACAGUUUCAACGGCAUUCAGAACGCUGAAAUAAAGUUAAGAUGGUUACGUCUUUGUCUGAAAGCACAAUUUAAGGAAGUGAUUCCUUUAGCAGUUGAAUUUGCUACUUCACAAGGACGGAUGAAGUAUUGCCGACCGAUAUUUAGGGAUUUAUAUAACUGGGAAGUCGCUCGUCCUUCAGCAUUGGAUGCCUACGAAAAAGUAAAAGACCAAUGGAUGUAUGUGUGCGCUUACACAGUAGGGAAAGAUCUCCAUGUGGUUCAAUGAUUUGCCAACUAUUUGUGUCCAAAUUCAAAAUAGGGCUAAAUUUGACAUGCUUGGGUUAAUUAUCAAUAAAAAGCUUUUGGAGAAUUUA